GAAAGAACGAACCCCAAUAAAUUCAAAAAGGAAAGAGCGAGCGCCCGCGGGAGCGAGCGAGAGUGUGAGACGUCCGAUAAAAUUGGAACGCUAGUGAGAGGGUUCCGGCCUUCCGGGAGAGAGAGAGAGAGAGAGAGAGGAUGGUGUGUUGUAGUGUGUUCGUAGUGGUGUUAUGUGUGUUAGCCCAGACUGGUUCGGCUUCUUUGUCGGCCGAAAUUGCCACCGGCGAUUAUAGCAGAGAUGACUUCCCACGCCCACCUCGCUUUGUUUUCGGCGCCGGAACUUCGGCUUAUCAGGUUGAAGGGGCAGCAUUCGAGGAUGGAAAGACUCCUAGCGUCUGGGAUACCUUUGCUCACUCUGGAAGAUCCGGUGAGAACAAUGGGGACAUAGCCUGUGACGGGUAUCACAAAUAUAAGGAAGAUGUCCAACUCAUGGUGGAUACAGGCCUAGAAGCCUAUCGAUUUUCCAUCUCAUGGUCUAGGGUUAUACCGAAUGGAAGAGGAUCCGUUAAUCCAAAGGGAGUACACUACUAUAAUAGCCUAAUCAAUGAGCUGCUUAGCCAUGGAAUUCAACCAUAUGUUACACUAUUCCAUUAUGAUGUCCCUCAGGCACUUGAAGAUGAGUAUGGAGGAUGGCUUAGCCGAAAGAUUGUGAAAGAUUUCACAGCAUAUGCAGAUGUGUGCUUCAGAGAAUUUGGUGAUCGAGUUUCAUAUUGGACUACCAUGAAUGAGGCUAAUGUGUUAGUUCUCGGAGGGUAUGACAGUGGUACAUUUCCUCCAGGCCGUUGUUCAUCCCCAUAUGGUCUCAAUUGCACAAGAGGCAACUCGACAACAGAACCUUACAUUGCCGCACAUAAUAUCUUGCUGGCUCAUGCAUCAGCUGCAAGAUUGUACAAGAAGAAGUAUCAGGCCAAGCAAAAUGGAGUUAUAGGUCUCAAUAUCUUAACCUCUGGGUUGGUUCCUUUGACAAACUCAACAGAGGAUGUGAGAGCAGCCCAAAGGGUCCAUGACUUUAUUCAUGGUUGGUUUCUCGAUCCUUUAGUUUUUGGAGAUUAUCCUGAAACUAUGAAGAAAAAUGUUGGCUCAAGGCUCCCUUUUUUCACCCCAUACCAAUCAAAACUAGUGAAAGGCUCAUGUGAUUUCUUUGGACUGAACCACUAUAGUACAAUGCAUAUCAAGGAUAAUCCGGUCAGUCUCAAAAUGACUCAAAGAGAUUUCCAUGAAGACAUGGCAGUAAAGUCAUCUGAGCAGGGUCCUUUACCAAGUGGUCAGUUUCCUAUUGAUCCUGCUGGUCUGCAAAGUGUGUUAGAGCAUCUCAAGCAAGUUUAUGGCAAUCCACCUGUCUUCAUUCAUGAAAAUGGUCAAAUGACAAACCGCAAUGCCUCAUUGGAUGCUUACUUGAAUGAUACAUCCAGAGUGGAAUAUUUGGAAGCUUUCAUUGGGGGACUACUCCAGGCCAUGAGAAAUGGAUCAGAUACUAGAGGGUAUUUUGUUUGGUCCUUCAUGGAUUUGUUCGAAUUAUUUGAUGGACUCAAAUCCUCCUUUGGCCUCUAUUACGUAGACUUUAAUGACCCAGAUUUGAAGAGAUAUGCUAAGUUCUCUGCACACUGGUACUCCAACUUUCUCAAAGGGAAGAAAGAUGAAUCAGUACCUACAGGAUCAUUGAAGGAAUCUGCAAUCUUCUACCCUGUUCUUUGCCUUUUGAUAUUGAAUUCUAUUUUAUGGAAUCUCCAUAUGGGGAGUAGUUGUUGGGCAACUGGGAACAUCAGGAAUGACAAGGUUUUUUAUGGAGGUCCCCUCCAUUAGAUUGUACCAUUUUUAUUUUUGAAUAAAUUAACUGCAAAAAUCAAUAGUUGAUAUUAUAUACUUCUCUACA